AGCAGAGCCUUCCUUACCAUUGCAAUAGGGGGGAGCAAAGCCCACUUUGCAAUCUGUUUUGCAAGGUGUGCAAUUGCAGUUCUUUCCUCUGCAAGGAGAUCUGGUCUAGGAAGUAAGAAAAACUCCAGUUGCAUGAAGAUUGAGCGCUUGCAGUUUGCAUCUUUGUUGCAAAACUAGCUACAGAAGAGAGAAGGCAAAGUCUUUUGUGUUCCCCUCCCCCAUCAGAGCAGAGGGGAAAAUGUCUCAACCGAGAGGCAGGAAGAAAAAUCCAGGGCUGAAAAUUCCUAAAGAAGCGUUUGAACAGCCGCAGACAAGCUCUACGCCACCUAGAGAUUUGGACUCCAAAGCCUGCAUCAAUAUUGGUGACAAGAAUUUUGAAGUCAAGGCUGAUGACCUGGAGCCAAUAUCAGAACUAGGACGUGGUGCAUACGGGGUGGUAGAGAUGAUGCGGCAUAUGCCCAGUGGGCAAAUAAUGGCAGUGAAGCGAAUUCGCGCCACAGUGAACAGCCAGGAGCAGAAGAGGCUACUGAUGGACCUAGACAUUUCCAUGAGGACAGUAGACUGUCACUUCACGGUCACUUUCUAUGGUGCGCUGUUUAGAGAGGGAGAUGUGUGGAUUUGCAUGGAACUUAUGGACACAUCACUGGACAAGUUCUACAAGCAAGUCAUUGACAAAGGUUUGACGAUUCCCGAGGACAUCCUAGGAAAAAUAGCUGUCUCAAUUGUCAAAGCAUUAGAGCACCUACACAGUAAGCUCUCUGUAAUUCACCGAGAUGUCAAGCCUUCCAAUGUACUGAUCAAUACACUGGGACAGGUGAAAAUGUGUGAUUUUGGAAUUAGUGGCUACCUUGUUGAUUCUGUGGCCAAGACAAUGGAUGCUGGCUGUAAACCUUACAUGGCACCUGAAAGAAUCAACCCUGAGCUAAACCAAAAGGGAUACAGUGUUAAAUCUGAUAUUUGGAGCCUGGGAAUCACAAUG